AUGGCGCCCAAAGACGGCGAUAAUUCAACUCCAGUGGUCCAGGAUGCUCCCUCGGCACCUCACAGCAUCUUUGACAGGAAGCAAAAGGGACUCAUUGUCCUGUUGGUGUCCACUGCUGCGACUUUUUCCACAUUAGCAUCGAACAUUUAUUUUCCAGCAAUCACAACUAUCGCUCACGAUCUCAAUGUUUCAGUGCAACUCGUCAACCUCACCAUCACCUCGUUCCUCAUAUUUCAAGGUAUCACGCCUAGCCUAUGGGGUCCUAUAUCCGAUGUCAAGGGACGUCGGACGGCAUACGCAUGCACCUUUAUCGUUUCCGUCGGUGCCUGUAUUGGCCUCGCGGAGACGAAGAACUAUGCAACGCUAAUUAUUCUGCGAUGUUUGCAGAGUGCAGGUAGUGCCAGCACGAUCGCCAUUGGAUCUGGUGUGAUCGGUGAUAUCACCACUCGCGCGGACCGUGGCAGCUACAUGGGCUUCUUCCAAGGCGGAUUCAUUGUUCCUUUCGCAGUAGGCCCAGUGAUCGGUGGUGCUCUCGCUGGCACUCUUGGCUGGCGAUCUAUUUUUUGGUUCCUAACGAUCUACAGUAUUGUUUUACUGUUACUCUUGGUUUUUCUGCUUCCCGAGACUCUCCGAUCAAUUGUUGCCAAUGGAGGCUUGCUCCCACCGAACAGACUCGGAGUAUACCCCCUCAACCUCUACCAACGCUUCACCAAGGUGAUCUGGAACGCAGAGACAGCGCCCGAGCAACUAGCGCCCCGAAAGCGGAUCGACGUGUUUGGUCCAUUUCGCAUCCUCACUAAACGAUAUGCGUUCCCCAUCAUCAUCUUCUUCGCCAUCUACUUCGCCGUUUGGCAAAUGUGCAACACCGCCAUGUCGACGCUGUUCAAAGAACACUACGGCCUCACCGAGAUCCAAGCUGGCCUGACAUUCCUCGCCAACGGUAUGGGCUCCAUUAUCGGCACCAUCGUCAGCGGUAGAGUCCUCGACAUGGACUAUCGUCGGAUGCAAGCCAAACGCGACAUGCAAUCCCCGAUUGAAGCGGAAAGGGGGCAUUCGUCGACGGCCGACGACGAUUUUCCGCUCGAAAAAGCGCGGCUCCGUCUACUUCCCAUCUUCCUGUUGAUGCAGUGUAUGUCAGUGCUGGUUUUCGGCUGGACGAUCCAUUAUUCCGUUCAUAUCGCGGCGCCUAUUGUGGCGACUUUUGUCACGGGUUGGACCGCUGUGUCUACCCAGUCUAUUGUUACGACGUAUCUGGUUGAUAUCUUUCCGGAUCAGAGUGCCGCGGCUACUGCGAGUCUCAACCUUGCGCGGUGUUUGUCCGCGGCUGGUGGUGCGAGCUUUGUAAUGCCGCUGAUCGACCGUGUUGGGACUGGGGUGGCCUUCACGAUCUGUGUUGCGGUGCAAGUGGUCACAGCUGCUGCCUUGGCGGUGCAGUGGAAGUAUGCCGGGGCUUGGAGGAAGAUAUCGAAGCAAGCGGAAGCUGGUCAGUAG